CUUGCAAGGAAGGCUGGUUACAGAAGGGAACAGUUUUCCUUCUCUAAGUUUUUCCUUGGCCUCUGAGAAAGUUUAGGAAGAAAGAAGAAACUUUUUCUGAGGAGGGAAGUUAGCUGAACAACAACAGACAAACAAGGACUUUCAGGUUGUAUUUAUUUUUAGCUUUCUUGAUUGAAUUAUUAGCACGUGGCAGCCGGCUCUGCUGCAGGACCUAGAGGAGUGAGGUCAUUCACUGAUUCGUUCUUUAUUGGCAUUGCUGUUCCUGUUUACUCAUACGCUGUGAGACAAAGGAAGCACGAUGGUGGCUGGAAUGGUAAUGCCCCUUGAUAACCUGAGAGCUAUCUAUGAGCGUCUCUUUCGGGAUGGGGUCAUGGUGGCCAAGAAAGACAAGCGGCCGCAGAUCAAGCAUCCCGAGAUUCCUGGUGUGGACAACCUGCACGUGAUCAGAGCUAUGGGUUCACUGAAGUCCAGGGCAUAUGUGAGGGAGACCUUUGCAUGGAGGCAUUUCUACUGGUAUCUUACUAACCCAGGAAUUAUUUACUUGCGUGAUUACCUGCAUUUGCCUUCAGAGAUCGUGCCCACUCCACUACAGAGAGUACGACGGCCAGCUGCAACUCUGCCCAUCGCCCCAAAGGGGGCACGGGUACAAACCGUUCAGGGUCCAACCUCUUAUGUUCCCAAACCAGGUAGGAUGGGCACAGAAACGCAAGAGGCUGUGCUUGAUCGACAGGAAUACCGCCGCAAAAUGAUGAGUACUGACGAGGCGGAAAUGAUGGAAUCCAAUGAGAAAACACCAAGAUUUAGAGGCCGUCCAAUAGGAAGCAGUCAGAUUAAACCCAAAGAAUCAUGGGAACCCAGGGACCAGCCCAUGCUUUCUCAAAGUCACACCAAAGAGAUGGAACCAAGUGUUAGAAGAAAGGCUGCUCUGCAUACAAUCUCCAAUAUGCCACCUUUUGAAUCUCAACAUGUCAAGCCUGUCAAACAGGAAAGGAUGAUGGACAUGGAACUCAGGGAAUGUACCAAGACGGCACUAAUCCAGAAGACACAAAAGGUUGAUUUAAGGUCGGAUGUGCCAACUGUUUCAUCAACAGUGGAAGUAAUUAAAGAGAAAAACAUAGAAGAAAUGUUUACAUCCACAAGCCAAACAGCUAAGGAAGCUGCUCGUCCUGGUUCCUUAAAACAAAAGGUAGAAAAAAUACAGAAAACAGUUGUGACCAAAAAUGUUCAGGGUGUGCCAACAGUGUCAACAAAAGCUGAAGCAAUUACAAUGGAAUCUUCAAUGUCUUUUGUCCCCACUGAAGCCGUUAAAGAAAAAGCCAAAGAAGAGGUGGCUGUCAAGAUCCCUCAGCAAACCACAUUCACAGGUGAUGCUCCACAUCCUACUCCUUCAAAACCAAAGAUGGAGAAAACACAGAAAACGGUUUUGACUGAAACUAUUUCCUCAUCAUCUGGAUCAAUUGCAGCACAAUCUUCCAUGUCUCAUAUCCCCACUGAAGCAGUCAAAGACAAAUCCAAGGAGGAUGUGUAUAUCAAUGUUUCUCAGAAAACUACAUCCACAGUAACAAGUGACAGCAAAACAACUAAGGAUGCACCUCAUUCUGCAGCUUCAAAACUGAAGGUGGAGAAAACACAGAAAAUGGCUGUGAACAAAAAUAUGAAGUCAAAUGUUUCCUCGUCAGCUGAGUCAAUUACAGUAAAAUCUGAAGAAAAACCCAAAGAAGUGUCAAAUGUUUUAUCAACAGCUGCGUCAGUUACAGUGAAAUCCUCCAUGUUUUCUGAACUCACUGAAGUAGACAAAGAGAAACCCAAGGAGGAGGUGGCAUUCAAGGUCUCCCAGAAAACCACAUCCACAGAAACAUGUGAUAGCAAAACAACUGCUUCUCUUUCUGCUUCUUCAAAACCAAAGGUGGAGAAAAAACAGAAAACAGUUGUGACUGAGAUUGUGAAGGAUGUGGCUGUGUCCUCAUCAACUAAGUCAAUUACAGUUGAAUCCUCAAUGUCUUCUGUCUCCACUAAAGCAGAGAAAGAAAAACCCAAGGAAGAGAUGGCUAUCAAAGUCUCUCAAAAAACAACAACCACAGGUGAUAGCAAAAUAGAUGUGGAUGCUCCUCAACCUAUUUCAUCAAAAUCAAAGGCGAAGAAAACACAGAAAACUGUUGUGACUGAAAUUAUGAAGGAUGUCUCAAAUGUUUCUUCAGAAGCUAGGCCAGUUACAGUGAAAUCCUCCAUGUUUUCUGACCGCACUGAAGCAGACAAAGAGAAACCCAAGGAAGAAGUGGUUGAGAAUGUGGUGAAAACACAGAAAACAAUUGUGACUGAAAUGAUUAAGGAUAUGCCUGUGUCCUCAUCAUUUAAGUCAAUUACAGUUGAAUCCUCAAUGUCUUCUGUCCCCACUAAAGCAGAGAAAGAAAAACCCAAUGAAGAGAUGGCUAUCAAAGUCUCUCAAAAAACAACAAGCACAGGUGAUAGCAAAAUAGAUAUGGAUGCUCCUCAACCUAUUUCAUCAAAAUCAAAGGUGAAGAAAACACAGAAAACAGUUGUGACUGAAAUUAUUAAGGAUGUGUCUGUGUCCUCAUCAUCUACGUCAAUUACCAUUGAAUCAUCAAUGUCUUCUGUCUCAACUGAAGCAGAGAAAGAAAAAAGCAAAGAUGUGGCUAUCAAGGUCUCUCAGGAAACAUCAUCUAAAGAUGACAGCAAAAAAUCCAUGGAUGCUCCUCACCCUGCUCCCUUAAAACAAAAGGAGAAGAAAACAAGGAAAACAGUUGUGACUGAAAUUAUUAGAGAUGUCUCAAAUGUUUCUUCAGAAGCUGAGCCAGUUACCGUUAAAUCAUCUGUGUUUUCUGAACUUACUGAAGCAGACAAAGAGAAACCCAAGGAAGAAGUGGUUGAAAAGGCGGUGAAAACACAGAAAACUGUUGUGACUGAAAUGAUUAAGGAUAUGCCUGUGUCCUCAUCAUCUAAGUCAAUUACAGUUGAAUCCUCAAUGUCUUCUGUUCCCACUGAAGCAGAGAAAGAAAACCCCAAGGAAGAGAUGGCUAUCAAAGUCUCUCAAAAAACAACAACCACAGGUGAUAGCAAAAUAGAUAUGGAUGCUCCUCAACCUAUUUCAUCAAAAUCAAAGGUGAAGAAAACACAGAAAACUGUUGUGACUGAAAUUAUUAAGGAUGUGCUUGUAUCUUCAACAUCUGAGUCAACUACAAUAGAAUCCUCCAAGUCUUCGGUCUCCACCGAAGCAGAAAAAGAAAAAAACAAAGAAGAUGUGGCUAUCAAGGUCUCUCAGGAAACAACAUCUACAGGUGAUAGCAAAACAGCUACAGAUGCUCCCUUAAAACCAAAGAUGAAGAAAACACAGAAAACAGUUGUGACUGAAAUGAUAAAGGAUGUCUCAAAUGUUUCUUCAGAAGCUGAGCCAGUUACAGUUAAAUCAUCCGUGUUUUCUGAACUUACUGAGGCAGACAACAAGAAACCCAAGGAAGAAGUGCUAAAGGCUGAGAAAACAGAUGUGACUGAUAUUGUGAAGGAUGUCUCAAAUGUUUCUUCAGUACCAGAGUCAGUUACAGUAAAAUCGUCCAAAUCUUCUGUCAACACUAAAGCAGAAAAACCCAGUGAAGAAGUGGUGAAGGUGGAGAAAACACAGAAAAAAGUUGUGACUGAAAUUGUUAAGGAUGUGGCUGUUUUCUCAUCAUCUGAAACAAUAACAGUUGAAUCAUCCAUGUCUUCUGUCCCUAUUAAAGCAGAUAAAGAAAACACCAAGGAUAUCAAAGUCUCUCAGAAAACAACAUCCAAAGUAACAGGUGAUAACAUAACUAAUAUUGAUGCUCCUCAACCUAUUUCCUCAAAACCAAAGGUGGAGAAAAAACAAAAAGCUGUGGAGGAACAACCUCUCACUAAUGCAAAUGCAGCCAUUACAAUCGAUACCUCUGUUGCACCGAAUCAUGGGCCUGCUGUGUGUGUAUCUGAGCUGAAGACAAAUAACUCUGUUACCACACAAAUACCUGACAAGCCUGCAGAAUCAGAAAUGCAAUCUGUGUUUAAAAAUAGAGCUGAUUUUACAAUGGACACUGCUGAAGCGAAAUCAGAGAUUAAUUUGUCACAGAAAACAGAAAAGGUGGAGAUUGAGGCUAAAGCUAUUUCUACUACUGAGGUCAUGUCACCAGUUAAAAGUCAUAAGGCUGAUUCCAGCCCUGUAUCUCAAUCCCCAUCUACAGCUUCUGAUGCAGAGUUAAACUUCAGUUUAACUGACACAAGUAAGACUUCAGAGGUAACUCAGCAAACUGCAAUGAAAUUGGAAUCUACAACAGCGACACCCAGAGUAAGGGAUUCAAGUCAACAAAAAUCAUCGACUGGGGAACCGGUUGCUGCUGAAGAGGCUAAAUCAAAACCUUCAAAAGGAAAGAAGAAGAAACAGAAAUCGGCUGAUAAAACUCCCCCUGAGGUCGAGGCAAAAGCGACAACCGCCCAGGAUUCCGGUAAAGUCGACCCUGCAAAGGUCGAAGAUCCGGAGCAAGUUGUAACAAAUGAUUCUGCAAAGACAUCAUCGGAAGGAAUGCACACUGUGGAGUGUAUGCAGUCAAAAGCUGUACAGAGUGAGGCCCCAGUUCACAAAAGGGAGGUGGAGCUUGCUCAGCCCUCGGCUGAGAAACGGGAGGCUCCAAAAGAAAAAACGUCCUCCACCAAGAGACAGAGGGAAGCACCGGCAGCGUCAGCAGCAGCAGUCUCAGCUCAGUCCAACCCCCUCCCUGACCACAGGGAACCUCCCAGUGUUGCACAACACUCUGCUGCUCCUGAAACACAGCAGAGCAAAGAAAGGCAGAACAGGCUGUCGGAUAGCAAGGCCCCUCCACAGCCUGUCAACGUUGGCCAUCCUUUCUCUGUAGAGCUCACCUGUGACGCGCAAAAGCAGCCCGUAGACGAAGCCAUGCGGAAGAAGAUCGUUGUGGUAGAAGAAGUGGUUGAGGUGCAACAGAUUGCCAGUCCUGGUUCAGAUCAACCUGUUGCACCUCCUUUGCAAGAAAUUCCAGGAGAUGAUUUGGACUAUGAUGUCUUGGAGGAACUGGCCAUAGAGCGGGGAAUCCUAAAGAGUCCUGACAAAGAGACUUUUUGGGAUCAUUCACUGCAAGAGCCAGAGCAAAAGACCUUCCCCAACUUCAUAGAAGAUGAACGGGACAGAGUGCAGAAAAAGACUUUUACAAAAUGGGUGAACAAACAUCUGAUAAAGCACUGGAAGUCUGAGACCCAGCGCCAUGUGAAUGAUCUUUAUGAAGAUCUCAGAGAUGGACAUAACUUGAUCUCCCUGCUUGAGGUCCUCUCUGGAGAGACACUGCCGAGGGAGAGAGACGUUGUGCGGAGCGUACGCUUGCCUCGCGAGAGAGGACGUAUGCGAUUCCACAAACUUCAGAAUGUACAGAUAGCACUGGAUUUCCUCAAACACAGACAGGUCAAGCUGGUGAAUAUCAGGAAUGACGAUAUCGCAGAUGGAAACCCAAAGCUGACGCUGGGUCUUAUAUGGACCAUCAUUCUCCACUUCCAGGUGUCCCAUUCUAUUUCAGAUAUCCAGGUGAAUGGUCAAUCAGAUGAUAUGUCAGCCAAGGAGAAACUGCUGCUGUGGUCUCAGCGUAUGUCUGAUGGAUAUCAGGGCAUUCACUGCCAAAAUUUUACCACCAGCUGGAGGGACGGAAAACUUUUCAACGCUGUUAUACACAAACACGAGCCCAGGCUUAUCGACAUGACGAAGGUUUAUCGCCAGACCAACCUGGAGAACCUGGAGCAGGCCUUUUCUGUGGCCGAGCAAAAACUUGGGGUCACCCGACUUCUUGACCCAGAGGACGUGGAUGUGCCCCAUCCUGAUGAGAAGUCAAUCAUCACAUAUGUGUCCUCCCUUUAUGAUGCUAUGCCACGUGUUCCUGAUGUCCGGGAUGGUGGCAAGACCAAUGAACUGGAACUGCGCUGGCAGGAAUACUAUGAGCUGGUCACCAUUAUACUCCAGUGGAUCAGACAUCAUGUUGUCAUCUUUGAGGAGAGGAAGUUCCCCGCCAGCUAUGAAGAGAUUGAGAUUCUGUGGCGUCAAUUUCUGAAGUUCAAAGAAACCGAGUUGCCUGGCAAAGAGUCAGAUAAGAUCCGCUCCAAACUACUCUACCAGUCCUUUGAGAGUGCGGUUCACGCUGGUCAGAUUAAAGUGCCUCCAGGUUACCACCCCAUCGAUGUUGAAAAGGAAUGGGGGCGACUCCACGUCGCCAUUCUAGAAAGAGAGAGACUUCUCAGAAUUGAGUUUGAGAGGUUAGAACGUCUUCAACAGAUUGUUACUAAAGUGCAGAUGGAGUCGGGCGUGUGUGAAGAACAACUUAACCAGAUGGAGUCUCUAAUGCAGACAGAUAUCCGGCUCCUUAACGCAGGAAAACCAGCCAAGAGCACAGCAGAGAUGGAGAGGGAUCUGGACAAAGCCGACGGAAUGAUCCGCCUCCUCUUCAAUGACGUUCAGCUUCUCAAAGAUGGGCGCCACCUGCAGGCGGAGCAGGUGUAUCGCAGGGUCUACCGUUUGCACGAGCGCUUGGUGAACAUGCGUAGUGAUUACAAUCUGAGGUUCAAGACGCAACGUGUGCGACCUGAGGUGGAUGAGGUCACCCUACGCUACGCACAGGACCUGUUGGCCUGGGUCGAGGAGAACCAGCGCAGGAUCGAAACGGCUGAAUGGGGCAUUGAUCUGCCUUCUGUGGAGUCUCAGCUGGGCAGCCAUCGUGGUCUUCACCAAACUGUUGAGGACUUCAGGGCUAAGAUUGAGCGUGCGCGAACAGAUGAGAACCAGCUGUCACCUGCUAGUAAAGACACAUACAGAGAAUAUCUGGGCAAACUGGAUCUGCAGUACAACAAGCUGCUGAACUCCUCCAAGUUCCGUUUGAGAAAUCUGGAUCAGCUGUACACCUUUGUCAGUGCUGCCACAAAGGAACUGAUGUGGCUUAAUGACAAAGAGGAAGAGGAGGUCAAUUACGACUGGAGUGACCGCAACACUAACAUGACUGCAAAGAAAGAGAACUACUCCGGCCUCAUGCGAGAACUUGAGCUUAGAGAGAAGAAAAUCAGUGACAUCCAGGCCACUGGAGAGAGAUUUAUAAGGGAUGGCCAUCCAGGCAAGAAGACAAUUGAGGCGUUCACAGCAGCUCUGCAGACCCAGUGGAGCUGGAUCCUUCAGUUGUGCUGUUGUAUUGAAACUCAUCUCAGAGAAAACACUGCAUACUUCCAGUUCUUUGCUGAUGUGAAAGAGUCAGAAGAGAAGAUGAAGAAGAUGCAAGAGACCAUGAAGAAGAAGUACCUGUGUGACCGCAUCACAACUGCCACUCGUCUGGAGGACUUACUCCAGGAUGCUGUCGAGGAAAGAGAACAGCUGAACGAAUUCAAGAACAACAUUGCUAACCUCAACAAGAGAGCCAAAACCAUCGUCCAGCUUAAGCCACGAGACCCCACGACCCCAUUCAAAGGCAAACUUCCCAUCCAGUCAGUGUGUGACUUCAAACAGAUGGAGAUCACGAUACACAAGGGGGACGAGUGCGCUCUCAUCAAUAACUCACAGCCCUCCAAGUGGAAGGUUCUGAACCGUUCGGGUGAUGAGGCCAUCGUACCAUCUGUUUGCUUCUUGGUGCCACCCGUCAAUAAGGAGGCUGUGGAGAGUGUGUCCCGUUUGGAGACUGGUCACCAGCAGAUACUGAUUAUGUGGCAAAAACUACACGUUGACAUGAGAACUCUACUGUCCUGGCAAUACCUGAUCAAAGACAUUCAGCUCAUUCGCUCCUGGAACAUCACAAUGUUCAAGACGAUGAAGCCGGACGAGUAUCAGUUAAUCUUGAGGAACCUUCAGCUUCACUAUCAGGACUUCCUAAAGGAAAGCAAAGACUCAAAUAUAUUCGAUUCAAGCGAGCAAAUGCAAAUCGAAAGGGACUACAAGGACUCUGCACAACAUUUUGACCACCUGCUUCGCACCCUGGAGAAAGGAGCUGGUAUCAGAUCACGUGGUGAACAGGAUGAGUCUGUAUGUAAGACUUACAUCAACCAGAUCAGAAGCCUGCGGAUGCAGAUUGAGGAUUGUGAUUCUCGCACCGUGGCUCGUAUACGACAGCCUUUGGAUAAAGAUCCGCUCAGAGACUGCAUCCAGAAGACUGCUGAACAGACGAAAGUACAUGCAGAGCUGGAGGGUAUUAAGAAGAACCUAAAUAAUGUGGCUAAGAAAGCUGAGGAGGUCCUGAUAUCUCCAGAGCAGUCCAGUACUCCAGUGCUGCGCUCAGAGCUGGACAUUACCCUGCAGAAGAUGGACCAAACCUACAGCCUGUCCUCUGUGUACCUGGAGAAGCUUAAGACAAUUGAGCUUGUGAUCCAGAACACACAAGGGGCCGAAGAUGUUGUGAAGAAAUAUGAGAAUCGCCUGCGUGAUGUUCACACUGUCCCUACAAACAUCCAGGAAGUGGAUAACUACUGUACUGAGCUAAAGAAAAUGCGCAUGGAUGCAGAAGCUCAGCAGCCAGUGCUUGAUGGUAUGGAGGGCGAGCUGUCCAAAGCCAAAGCGGUCAGUCAUCGUAUGGUACAGGUUCACAGCGAACGAGAUACUGAGUUAGACCACUACAGGCAGCUCCAGGGCAGCCUGCAGGAACGCUGGCGGGCCAUCUUCGCUCAGAUCGACCUGCGUCAGCGUGAGCUGGAACUGUUGGGUCGUCAGCAGGGCUACUACAGGGAAAGCUAUGACUGGCUAAUCCGCUGGAUCGCAGACGCCAAACAGCGACAGGAGAAGAUCCAAGCGGUGCCUAUCUUUGACAGCAAAACACUGAAAGAACAACUGGCAAAUGAGAAGAAACUUCUAGAGGAGAUCGAGAAAAAUAAAGAGAAGGUGGACGAGUGUCAGAAAUAUGCCAAAGCUUACAUUGACACCAUUAAGGAUUACGAACUACAGUUGGUUGCCUAUAAAGCUCAAGUUGAACCCAUACUGUCUCCUGUGAAGAAAACUAAGAUGGAAUCAGCCUCAGAUAACAUCAUUCAAGAGUAUGUAACUCUAAGGACUCGCUAUAGUGAACUAAUGACGUUGACCAGUCAAUACAUCAAGUUCAUCACAGACUCGCAGCGUCGCCUAGAAGAUGAUGAGAAAGCUGCUGAGAAACUUAAAGAGGAAGAGAGAAAAAAAAUGGCUGAGAUGCAGGCAGAGUUAGAGAAACAGAAACAGCUAGCUGAGGCUCAUGCCAAGGCCAUUGCCAAAGCGGAGCAAGAGGCAAAUGAGCUCAAGCUUAUGAUGCAACAAGAGGUUAGCAGACGAGAAAUCGUUGCAGUGGAUGCCGAAAGGCAAAAGCACAACAUUCAACAGGAACUUCAUGAGCUCAAAAACCUCUCUGAACAGCAGAUCAAAUCAAAAAGUCAGCAAGUGGAAGACGCUCUGUCAAGCCGGACCAAAAUAGAGGAAGAAAUCCGCAUUAUAAGACUUCAGUUGGAAACCACAGUAAAACAGAAGUCCACAGCAGAAGAUGAGCUGAAACAGCUUAGAGAGAAGGCUGCAGAGGCAGAGAGACUUCGUAAAGCAGCUCAGGAGGAGGCUGAAAAACUUCGCAAGCAAGUUACUGAAGAGACCCAAAAGAAGCGCCUGGCGGAGGAAGAAUUAAAACAGAAGCUUGACGCGGAGAAGGAGGCUGCUAGGCAGAAGCAGAAAGCCCUGGAUGACCUUGAGAAGCUUAAGAUGCAAGCAGAGGAGGCGAUGAGAAACAUGAAGCAGGCAGAGAUUGAAAAAGACAGGCAAAUGAAAAUUGCUCAAGAAGCAGCUCAGAAAACUGCUGCCGCUGAGCUGGAUAGCAAACGCAUGUCCUUUGUUGAGAAGACAUCAAAACUUGAGGAGUCACUCCGAGAGAAGCACGGGACUGUUGUUCAACUGCAAGAGGAGGCAGAACGUCUCAGAAAACAACAGGAAGAGGCAGACAAGGCAAGGGAGGAAGCUGAGAAAGAACUUGAAAAAUGGAGGCAAAAGGCCAAUGAAGCCCUUCGCCUUAGGCUCCAAGCAGAAGAAGAGGCCCACAAAAAGUCUCUGGCACAAGAAGAUGCUGAAAAACAGAAAGAAGACGCUGAGCGUGAAGCCAAGAAGCGGGCCAAAGCUGAGGAGUCUGCCUUGAAACAGAAAGAGAUGGCUGAACAAGAGCUAGAGCGGCAGAGGAAGCUGGCAGAGAGCACAGCACAACAAAAGCUUUCAGCAGAACACGAACUGAUCCGCUUGAGGGCUGAUUUUGAACAUGCAGAGAAGCAGAGAACCCUGCUUGAUGAUGAAUUAUACCGUCUCAAGAAUGAGGUUGUUGCUGCAGAGCAACAACGAAAGCAGCUUGUGGAUGAGCUUUCCAAAACUAAAAGUGAAAUGGAGAUUCUUUUGGAGUUGAAAGCGAAGGCUGAAAAGGAGAGCAUGUCAACUACGGAAAAGAGUAAACAACUCUUGGAAGCAGAAGCUGCCAAACUGAGAGAUCUUGCAGAUGAAGCAUCCAAGCUCCGUGCCAUUGCUGAAGAGGCAAAGAGGCAGAGGCAGGUGGCUGAGGAAGAAGCCAACAGACAGAGAGCAGAAGCAGAGAGAAUUCUCAAAGAGAAACUUGCAACUAUUAAUGAGGCCACUCGCUUAAAAACUGAAGCAGAGAUAGCACUUAAGGAAAAAGAGGCAGAAAACGAACGCCUUCGAAGGAAUGCAGAAGAAGAGGCUUACCAGAGAAAGGCUCUUGAAGAUCAGGCAGGCCAGCACAAGCAAGACAUUGAGCAGAAGAUAGACCAGCUCAAAAAGUCUUCUGAAGCUGAAUUAGACAGACAGAAAACCAUUGUGGAUGAAACUCUAAAACAAAAAAGAAUAGUUGAAGAGGAGAUUCGUAUCUUGAAACUUAACUUUGAGAAGGCUUCAUCUGGAAAGCUUGAUUUGGAGCUGGAGCUGAAUAAGCUAAAGAAUAUCGCAGAAGAAACACAAGUAAGCAAACUUCGAGCUGAGGAAGAAGCUGAAAAGCUCCGCAAGCUUGCCCUUGUGGAAGAGAACAGGAGAAGGGAGGCAGAAGAAAAACUUAAGAAAAUUACUGCUGCAGAACAAGAAGCAGCUCGACAACGUCAGGCUGCUCAAGAAGAAGUGGAGCGUCUUAAAAAGAAAGCAGAAGAGGCCCGAAAGCAGAAAGAAGACGCUGAUAAAGAGGCUGAGAGGCAAAUAUUUGCUGCUAAAGAGGCUGCUGAGAAAGCAAUUUCAGCUGAGCAGCAAGUCCAAAGUGUACUUUAUCAACAGAAAGAAGAUAGUCUUGUGCAGAAAAAGCUCAAGGAGGAGUUUGAGAAAGCCAAAAAGCUUGCCCAAGAAGCCGAAAAGGCCAAAGAAAAGGCAGAGAGAGAGGCUGCUUUACUCCGUCAAAAAGCAGAAGAUGCAGAGCUUCAGCGGCAGGCUGCAGAGGUUGAGGCAGCGCAUCAAGCCAAUGCUCAGGAGGAAACUGAGAGGCUCAGAAAAGAGGCAGAGCUAGAGGCAGAAAAGAGAGCCCAGGCUGAGGCAGCAGCACUAAGGCAAAAACAACUGGCAGAUGAAGAGAUGGCUAGGCACAAGAAACUUGCGGAGCAGACACUCAAGCAGAAAUCUCAGGUAGAACAAGAACUGGCUAAAGUGAAACUCAGGUUGGAUGAGACAGAUAAACAGAAGACUCUCCUAGAUGAUGAGCUUCAUCGCCUUAAGGACGAGGUCAGUGAUGCUGUUAAACAGAAGGCACAGGUAGAGGACGAACUGUUCAAAGUCAAAAUUCAAAUGGAGGAGCUCAUUAAACUCAAGCUCAGAAUUGAAGAAGAGAACCAACGUCUCAUUCAGAAAGACAAAGAUAAUACUCAAAAAUUCUUGGCCGAGGAGGCUGAAAACAUGAAAAAGCUUGCUGAAGAAGCUGCCAGACUCAGCGUUGAGUCUCAGGAAGCUGCUCGAAUGAGACAUAUUGCAGAAACUGAUCUUGCUGAACAAAGAGCACUUGCUGAAAAGAUGCUAAAAGAAAAGAUGCAAGCUAUUCAGGAGGCUUCUAAGCUUAGAGCAGAGGCAGAAAUGCUACAGAGACAAAAGGAUCUUGCUCAAGAGCAAGCUCAAAAGCUGCUUGAAGACAAACAACUGAUGCAGCAAAAACUUGAAGAGGAAACCGAGGGCUUCCAAAAAUCCUUAGAGGCUGAGCGCAAGAGACAGUUGGAGAUUUUGGCUGAGGCAGAGAAACUUAAACUUCAGGUGUCCCAACUCAGUGAUGCCCAGUCCAGAGCUGAGGAUGAAGCCAGGAAAUUCAAGAAGCAGGCAAAUGAGAUUAGUGCCCGGCUUCAUGAGACAGAGCUUGCCACCAGAGAGAAAAUGACAGUUGUCGGACAAUUGGAAGUAGCGAGGUUGAGCAGUGACAGAGAAGCAGAUGAUUUACGCAAAGCCAUUGCUGAUCUUGAGAAUGAAAGAGAAAAAUUGAAAAAAGAGGCUGAGGAGUUACAGAAAAGGUCAAAAGAGAUGGCAAAUGCUCAGCAAGAGCAAAUUAAACAGGAGAAAACAAUUCUACAGCAGACAUUCAUGUCAGAGAAGGAGAUGCUGUUGAAAAAGGAAAAACAAAUUGAGGAUGAGAAGAAGAAGUUAGAGAACCAAUUUGAAGAGGAGGUCAAAAAAUCUAAAGCCUUAAAAGACGAGCAGGAACGUCAAAGAAAACAGAUGGAGGAUGAAAAAAUGAAACUUAAGGCCACUAUGGAUGCUGCUUUGAAGAAACAAAAAGAGGCUGAACAAGAGAUGCUUAGAAAGCAAAAAGAAAUGCAGGAACUUGAGAGGAUAAAGCUUCAACAAGAGAGGAUGCUUGCUGAGGAAAACCAGCAACUGCGUGAGAAACUUCUGCAGCUCGAGGUUGUUCAGAAGGUCACUCAGGAGACAGAAAGAACAGUACCUAAUGGUCAAAGUAUUUGUGAGGAAGUUGACAGUUUCCCUGCGUUAUCUUUUGAUGGCAUUCGUGAAAAGGUGCCUGCAAGCCGACUUUUCGAAAUAGGACUUAUUAGCAAAACAGAUUAUGAUAAGCUCCAGAAAGGUGAAACCACAGUCCAAGAACUCAGCAAGACAGACAAACUUAAAACAAUUCUAAAAGGGAAGGACUGCAUUAGUGGCCUACUUGUUCAUCCAAAUCAAAAGAUGUCUAUAUAUCAAGCCAUCAAGGAAAAGAAGAUUGCUCCUGGCACAGGCCUAGUGCUACUGGAGGCACAGGCAGCCUCUGGAUACAUAAUUGACCCACUUAGAAACAAGAAACUGUCUGUUAAUGAAGCAGUUAAAGAGGGUCUCAUUGGGCCUGAACUUCAUAACAAAAUGUUGUCAGCUGAGAGAGCUGUAACUGGUUACAAGGAUCCAUACACAGAAGCAAAAAUCUCCCUUUUUGAAGCCAUGAAGAAAGGUCUCAUCGGGGAAGAACAUGCUAUUAGAUUGCUUGAGGCUCAGAUAGCAUCAGGUGGCAUUAUCGAUCCAGUCAACAGUCAUCGUGUGCCAAUUGAAAUAGCCUAUAAGCAGGGCCAGUUAGAUGCAGCUACCAAUAACAUCCUACAGAACCCUUCAGAUGAUUUAAAGGGAUUCUAUGAUCCAAAUACCCAAGAAAAUACUACAUACCAAAAGCUAAUGGAAAGAUGUGUCACAGAUCCAGAAACAGGACUUCUUCUUCUGCCAAUCUCAGAGGAGGCGGCUCUAAAUGCCAGAACAUUCACUGAUGAGGAAACAAAAGAUGUAUUUGACAAGACAACUGUGUCCAUACCGUUUGGCAGGUUUAAAGGAAAGACUGUGACCAUCUGGGAGAUAAUUAAUUCUGAGUACUUUACAGAGGACCAGAAAAAAGAUCUUAUCCGUCAGUACAAAACUGGAAAGAUUACAGUUGAAAAAAUAAUCAAAAUUGUGCUAACUGUGGCAGAAGAAAAAGAGAAAAAGAAUGAACUUACCUUUGAUGGCCUGAGAGCACCUGUUCCUGCCACAAAACUACUUGAAUCCAAGAUUAUUGACAAAGACAUAUAUAACAAAUUGCAAAGAGGACAACUGUCUGUUAAGGAAGUGUCUGAGAUGGAGAAUGUGCACAAAGCCUUGAAGGGCACCAACUGCAUUGCGGGAGUGAUUAUUGAUUCCACCAAACAAGUAAUGUCUUUUUAUGAUGCCAUGAAAAUGGACAUGAUGAGACCUGAGCCCGCUCUUAAUCUUUUAGAAGCACAAGCUGCCACAGGAUAUAUUGUAAAUCCUAUUAAAAACCAAAACCUUACAGUAGAUGAAGCUGUUAAAGCAGGUGUUGUUGGUCCAGAGCUUCAUGAGAAACUGUUAUCUGCGGAAAGAGCUGUAACAGGCUACAAAGAUCCGUAUACUGGAAAAACAAUUUCUCUGUUUGAAGCAAUGAAGAAAUAUCUGAUCAUGAAAGACCGGGGAAUCCGACUUCUUGAUGCCCAGCUGGCAACAGGAGGCAUUAUUGAUCCAGUUCAAAGUCACCGUAUUCCACAAGACAUUGCCUGCAUAAGGGGGUGUUUUGAUGAUGAAACCCACAAGUCUUUGACAAGUCUAACUGAUGAUGUUAAAGGUUACUUUGAUCCAAACACACAGGAAUAUGUGACUUAUCUGCAGCUUUAUAAAAGAUGUGUUACUGAUAAAAAGACUGGCCUUCAACUUUUGCCUUUGUCUGAGCAAGCCAUCAAUGCCAAGGAGGAGCUGAAGUACACUGAGGCUCAGACCAAAGAUGCAAUGACUCAGUCAACUGUUGAAGUUCAGAGUGGACCUUUCAAAGGGAGAAGGGUCACCAUAUGGGAGCUCAUCAACUCUAACUAUCUUACUGAGGAGCAGAGGCUUGACCUAAUGAGGCAAUACAGAUCUGGGAAAAUAACAAUUGAGAAGAUUACAAGGAUUUUUAUUGAAAUUAUCAAUGUGAAGGAGAACAAGAACCAAGAAAACGAGUGCUUUAAAGGGCUCAGGGCUCCAGUUCCAUCAAAGUCAUUGUUUGACUCCAAAAUUAUUGACAAAUCCACAUAUGAUUUGCUGGAACAAGGUAAAACAACUCCAAAUGAGGUCAGUAAAAACAAUUCGGUCAACAAAUACCUCCAAGGCUCUGAAAGCAUUGCUGGAGUUUACCUUGAACCUACAAAGGAAAAAGUUAGCAUCUACCAAGCAAUGAGAAAGAAAUUCCUCAGACAGAACACUGGUAUUUCCUUGCUUGAAGCUCAAGCUGCCACAGGUUUCAUGGUGGAUCCCUCAAGAAAUGAGUUUCUCACAGUUGAUGAUGCUGUUAAAGCAGGCCUUGUUGGUCCUGAGCUUCAUGAGAAACUUCUCUCUGCUGAGAAAGCUGUCACUGGAUAUAAAGACCCAUUCACAGGUAAUAAGAUCUCCCUACACCAAGCCAUGGAGAAAGACCUUAUCCUGAAAGAGCAUGCCAUGCCACUCUUGGAGGCACAGCUGUCAACGGGUGGAAUUAUCGAUCCAGUAAACAGUCAUCGUGUUCCAGUUGAUGUUGCAAUCCAAAAGGGAUACUUCAGCAAACAGCUUGCCAGCAGCAUUACAGAAAGCAGGUAUUUCUCUGAUCCUGCAACUGAUGAGAACAUAUCAUAUAAAGUGCUGAAAGACAAGUGUAUGACAGACCCUGACACAGGAUUAAAUCUGAUAAAACUCUCCAAACCACAAGCCCCAACAGUUGUGGAGAAAACGUACCUUUACAGUGAAGAACAAACACAGAGUGAUCUUUCCACUACUCAAAUUGAUAUACCCGUUGAAGGCCAGGGGUCUAUGUCGCUUUGGGAUGUCAUGAAUUCAAAUCUGCUGCCUGAGGAGCAGAGGAAUCAGCUUCUAGAGGAUUAUCGUUCUGGCAAUAUAACAAAAGAACGGAUGAUAAUCAUUAUAAUUGAAAUUCUAGAGCAGACGGAAAUUGUAAAAGGUGGAGGCAUCCAGACCUACAGCACAAGAAGACGUCAAAUCACCAUUGAAGAUCUCUAUAAUGCCCGGAUCAUUGACCUUGAGACCUACAACUUGUUGAAGAUAGAGAGAAAGACUAUGCGUGAUGUUAUGGAGAUACAAAGCGUUAAAAAAUAUUUGUAUGGAACUGGCAGUGUUGCUGGGGUGGUGAUAGACCUAAAUACCAAGAUCAGCAUUUAUGAAGCAAUGAAGAGAGGAUUAAUUAAGCCAGACAUUGCACUCAGUCUCUUAGAGGCACAAGCAUCCACUGGAUUCAUCAUUGAUCCCAUCAGGAAUGAUAUGCUUACAGUUGAUGAAGCAGUGCGCAAGGGUUUGGUUGGCCCAGAAAUUCAUGACAAGCUUCUAUCUGCAGAGAGAGCAGUCACUGGCUAUAAGGAUCCGUAUAGUGGAAAGGUUAUCUCCCUUUUCCAGGCAAUGAAAAAGGGACUUGUCCCAGAGGACUAUGCCCUAAGGCUACUCGAAGCUCAAGCAGCCACAGGAGGUAUUAUUGACCCAGAAUUGAACUUCCAUCUGCCAACAGAUAUUGCCACACAACGUGGAUACAUCAACAAAGAGACCACUGAAAAGUUAUCGGAGGAGUUUAAAGGAUAUGUUGACCCACUAACUGAAGAGAAGAUCUCAUAUGCUCAGCUGAUUAAAAGAUGCAAGGUUGACAAGAUUGGGCUGUAUCUAUUGUCACUAUCAGAGAGAAGGUUGUUGUUCAAAGGAAUCAGAAAAGACAUUACAAUAGAGGAGUUGCUCCUCUCAAGAGUCAUUACUGAAGAAACAGUCACUCAACUUAAUGAGGGAUUAUUAACAGUGGAGGAGUUGAGCAGUAAAUUGCGGAAUUAUCUUGAGGGUUCAAGCUCUAUUGCUGGUGUGUUUGUUGAGUCUACUAAAGACCGUCUAUCCGUCUACCAAGCCAUGAAAAAGAAUAUGAUCAGGCCAGGUACGGCUUUUGAACUGUUAGAAGCUCAAGCUGCAACCGGUUAUAUCAUUGACCCUAUUAAGAACCUUAAGUUAACUGUAAACGAAUCCAUUAAGAUGGGAAUUGUGGGCCCAGAGUUCAAAGACAAGCUCCUGUCAGCUGAGAGGGCUGUGACUGGCUAUAGGGAUCCUUAUACAGGCAAAACAAUCUCACUGUUCCAAGCUAUGAAAAAGGGCCUUAUUUUGAGAGACCAUGGCAUUCGUCUUCUUGAGGCUCAGAUUGCCACUGGAGGAAUCAUUGACCCUGAGCAGAGUCACCGCUUGCCAGUUGAAGUGGCCUAUAACCGAGGUUUCUUCGAUGAGGAGAUGAAUGACAUCCUCAGUGACCCUUCAGAUGACACAAAGGGCUUCUUUGACCCAAACACAGAGGAAAAUCUCACUUACCUGCAACUGAUGGAGAGGUGUAUUGUUGAACCAGAUACAGGUCUUGUGCUUCUGCUACUAAAGGAAAAGAAACGUGAGGGAAAGACUUCUUCCAAAUCCUCAGUUCGCAAACGUAGAGUUGUCAUUGUAGAUCCUGAUUCAGGCAAAGAGAUGUCAGUGUAUGAAGCCUAUCGCAAAGGGCUAAUUGACCAUCAGACAUAUCUGGAACUUUCAGAACAAGAGUGUGAAUGGGAAGAAAUCACAAUGACGUCAUCAGAUGGGGUAGAGAAAUCCAUAUUGAUUGACAGAAGAUCAGGUCGACAGUAUGACAUUGAGGAUGCUAUUGCAAGGGGUCUUAUUGAUCAUACUGCAAUUGACCAAUAUCGCUCUGGCACUCUAUCAAUCACAGAAUUUGCUGAUAUGUUAUCUGGAAACAUUGGCGGUUUGCGCUCCCGAUCCUCCUCAUUUGGGUCCACCUCCUCUUAUCCAAUGAGCCCUGUACCUUCAAUCAAAACUCCAACAGCUAUAUGGAAUGAUCCAACUGAGGAGACUGGUCCUGUCGCUGGAAUCCUUGAUACAGACAGCUUAGAAAAAGUUUCAAUCACCGAAGCCAUGCAUAGGAAUUUAGUGGAUUCCAUAACUGGCCAGAGACUGUUAGAGGCACAGGCCUGCACUGGUGGCUUAAUUGACCCAUCUACUGGAGAGAAAUUUACAGUUACCGAAGCAACUGAGAAAGGGCUUGUGGAUAAGAUAAUGGUUGAUAGACUCAACCUAGCCCAGAAAGCCUUUAAUGGAUUUGAGGAUCCUCGAACCAAGGUCAAAAUGUCUGCAGCGCAGGCCCUGAAGAAAGGUUGGCUUUAUUAUGAGGCAGGGCAGCGUUUUCUCGAGGUGCAGUAUCUUACCGGUGGCCUUAUUGAGCCAGAUGGCACAGGACGAAUGUCUCUAGAGGAGGCAAUCAGGAAAGGUUCUAUUGAUGUCCGUACAGCCCAAAAACUAAGAGAUGUGAGUUCUUACAGCAAAUACAUUACGUGUCCUAAAACCAAACUAAAGAUUUCCUACAAAGAUGCAAUGGACAGAAGCAUGGUUGAGGAGGGAUCUGGCCUUAGGCUUCUAGAAGCAUCAUCAACAUCCAGUAAAGGUCUCUACAGUCCCUACAAUGUCAGUGGUGCUGCAUCUGCAUCUGGCUCUCGAUCUGGGUCCAGAACAGGCUCAAGAAGAGGAAGCUUUGAUGCCACCGGAUCUGGAUUAACCAUGAACUUUUCAUCAUCCUCAUACACUUCCACUAGUUACAACCGCAGAUUUUAAGCUGGACCCUACAAUGGACCCGUCACACGUGGUCCUGCAACAUUUAAAUAAGGGGCUCUAAUAUCAGCCUUGAUUCUACACACUACAGUUACAAAAUGCAAACACAUUAAUUUGACAUAAAGAGAAUGCCUUUACUUUGCCUUGCAUGUUUGAUAAUGCAUUCCAAAAACUACCAGUAUCUUUAUCUGGGGACUGUUAGGUUCCUAUUUUUAUGUAGUUGGGAUGCUUAACUUUAAAUUACUUGCUUAGCUUUAACCAUAGUUUCUAAUUGAGAUUUAUUUCAGUACAUAUAGAUCAUUUUUGAAAGUGAUUUUGUAUUUUUUUUAUACUUAAGUACAACAUUAGAUUUCAGGAGCACUGCUGAGUACAUUCUAAAUUUUGCCGAUCUUUUUUUAUCCAACACUGAUGGGAUUGUAUUAAUAUUUCUUAAAGCAUACAUUUCUUCAUAUUAUAAUUAUUAUUUUAGAAGGGUUGGGGUUCUUUCAGGUUAAUGUACCAGAAAAUACACCCAUCUUGAAAAGACAUGUUUAUUAUUACUUGUUUUACAUAUUUGUAAAGACUUGACAAACUGUAGACUGUCAGCCAACUUUUAUACUGUAUUAAAGUUGCUGCUGGUUUCAUAGAAUCUGAAAAUAUCACUACAUUUAAAAUGAAACACUAAAGGAGAAGAGAACAGAUCUUUAUCAUACGGAUUGUCUGUAAGAAAAGUCCAUGCCAUUUACUGAAUCCAAUACAUCUCCCAAGUCAUCUGCAAAACAAGCAUCAAUUGCUCCUGACCUGGCAAGGCCCAGAUUCACUGUCAGUCCUCCAGUGGUGUGUUAUCCAGUGAAGAUUUAAGAAGUCUCAGGUGUCUGAUCCAUUCCUCAUAUAUAACAUCUGGACAGAUCUGGAUGAAUUUUAGUACUUAGGUCAUCAAUUAAUAGAUGUCAACUUGAUGAUGCUGCAGAUUUGGUCUUGGAUCACGAGAUUAAUGAUGCCCAUCAGCAGCUCACAUCCUUAGACAUUCAGAUCCUCACUGAGACUUACUUCCUUCCAUUGCAUCCGCCAUUUGCAUGAAGACACUAGAAGCUAGGGCUACUGUACCUUGAAGUUUGCACUGGAUAACAUACCAGGAACGGCCACUUUGGUGAACUGCUCCUACAGUAUUUUGACAUUCACAUCAAUUGGGAGAUUGACUUGGGACUUUACAUGUCCAUAGUUUUGCAGCCCCGAAAUCAUGGUGUUUAUUUUUGAAUAAGAUUUCAAAUAAGAUAUUAUGCAAUAGAUGUGCAUACCCUUUGUAUUAUGUUGCUCAGAAAGAUACAUAUUUUUUCUUAACACUGAUAAAUAAAAUUGCAUCAUUAACUAAACUUAUUUAGGUUUAUUUGGUGUACGGCAAAAUCAUUUUUCGUUUAUAAAUUUCCAGUGCCAAAAAGUUUUUUUGUUUUGUUUGUUUUUGUCAUUUGUUGGCCUGUCUGUGUUUCUUUGCUUGUUUUUUAUUUAGUGUACUCUUCUGUUUUUUGAAAGUACUUGACUUUUUCUUUCCUUUUUUGAUGUAUAUGUAAAAUAUUUGUUUGCAUGUUUUACCAACUUGCUAUAAAGUGUUUUAAAAGUUGAAGAGUAGAUUUUGGAAAUAUUACUGUUAUAUAAGGAAGAUUAUAUGAGUAAAGAUGUAUGAAAUACUAACUGGUGGAUGAACGGUUUUAAAUCUUUUCAACAGAGUCCUAAUAUUGGUAAUAGAAAAUGAGUUUUUAAGAAUAACACUAUAUUCAAGUGUAAAUAAAUUUAUUUUGGAAACA